CAGCAACCUGUGCACGGAAAGGCGGGGCUGGAGCUCCGAGAGGCGUGGCCAAUCCGUAGCCACAGCCAAUCACAGAGAGGUCCUCUAGUGAAGGGUGCGGUUGACAACUUCAGAGACACGAAGCUUCUGGGGACCCCACCUAGUAGGGCCCUCGGCGCACGGGAUGGAGUGGACCCGGGAAGCUUCUGGGGGAGGCCAGGCCGAAGCCGGGUCCCCAGAGGAGUCCUUGGCAAGCCCGGAAACGGAGCAGCCGCAGGUCCCCGUGGAGGCGCCGCAAGCCGGGGUUCCCGACGGCAACCCGAGGCCGGAGCGGACCGGGAGGGAGGCGGCGGACGUGGAGCUGCAGGUCCUCUCGGAGGAGAAGCCGCAGCCUCCGGCUCUGUCCGGGUCCCCGCGCUUGCCGCCGCUCAGCCUGGGCUAUGGCGCUUUCCGCCGCCUGGGCUCCUGCAGCCGCGAGCUGCCGUCGCCGAGCCCCACGUGGGCCGAGCAGCCCCAGGACGGCGAGGUCGAGCCGCAGCCCUGGGCGGCGACCGGAGAGCCCACGCCCGGGUCCUGGGCGCCCGUGGAGCUGCAGGUAGACGUGCGCGUUAAACCCGUGGGCGCGGCGGGAGGCAGCCGCGCGCCCUCGCCCGCGCCGUCCACGCGCUUCCUCACCGUGCCGGUGCCAGAAUCGCCCGCCUUCGCCCGCCGCUCGGCGCCCACGCUCCCGCGGCUGCCACGCGCCCCGUCGCCGGGCUCCACGUGGGGCCGUGGAUCGCCGCUUGCCGCGCCCCCGACCGAGCGGAGGCCCACCGAGGGCAGCGCGGUCUCCCCGGGCUCGCCCACCUGCCGCUGUCGCUGCCGCUGCCAGGAGCCGGGGCUGACCAAAGAAGACGCCGCGCUGCUGCAGCGCGCAGGCAUGGACAGCAAGAAACUGCCGCGGGCCAUCACGCUCAUAGGGCUGCCCCUGUACAUGAAGUCCCUGCGCUGGGCUCUGGUGGUCAUGGCUGUGUUCCUGGCUGUCUGCACUGUAGUCAUCGUGGCACUGGCCUCCAGAGGCGGAGCCAGGUGCCAGCCAUGCCCUCAGGGCUGGUUGUGGUCUCAAGAACAUUGUUACUACCUCUCUGAAGAAGCCCAAGACUGGGCGGGCAGCCAGGCAUUCUGCUCAGCCCACCAUGCCACACUGCCCCUGCUGAGCCACACCCAGGACUUCCUAAGAAAAUACCAGAUCACCAAAGGCUUCUGGGUGGGGGCCCAACGGGGCCCUGAAGGCUGGCACUGGACUGAUGGGGUCCCUUUGCCACCCCAACUGCUCCCAAAGGACAGUGAGGACCACCCAGACUUCAGCUGCGGGGGUUUGGAAGAAGGCCGGAUCGCGGCUCUGGACUGUAGCUCUCCCAGACCCUGGGUCUGUGCCAAGGGGGCCAAGUGACUUAGUGUCCUGUGCCAGACCUGUCUGGAGCUGCGUUCAUUGCUUUGCUUUGGUGUGACCUGACAAGACAACUCCAAGGAGGCAAGAGUUACCGGGCUUGUGGUUUCAGAGGGGCCACACCUGGCGGAGCUGCCCAGUCCACAGCAGCAGGAGCAUGUGGCUGCAGUCACCUUCCUGGGGACCAGAAGCAGAGGGAGUGCCAGAGCCAGGGGCGGAACAACCUUCAAAGGCCUGUCACUGUUGACGUACCUCCGGAAGCUCCCACACAGUCCCCAGAUCCAGCACUACCAGCUGGGAACAAGCUGGUGGGGGACACUUCAGAUCCAAACCAGAGCAUUCCUGUAACAAGUCCCAUGAAGACUUAUGACUAUCUUGUUUAGAGAUAGGAUCUCUAUGUAACCCUGGCUGGCCUGGAACUUACUGUGUAGGCCAGGGUGACCUCAAGUUCUUGGACAAUCUUCCCGAGUACAGAGAGUGUAUGCCACCACACCCAGCCUAUGGCUAACUCAUUCUGCAAAAUACAUUGUCCAAAUUCAAGAGUCUCCAUAGUCUUAACAGUUCCAGCAUUGUUCAAAAGUCCAAGGACUCCUCCGAGAUGCCAAGCAAAGUUUUAGCUUUAAACACGUGAUAUAUAUAUAUAUAUUUCUAAAGUGCAAUGAAACAGUCAAAUUCUCAUUCCAAGAGGGUAGAAUAGGAAAGUGGGCCAAGAAGAUUAGAUCAGUGCAAGACUGAAAUCCAUCAGAGCAAAUCUCAAAUUCUGCAGCUCCAUGCCCAUCAUGGGAUGUUACGGGCAUUUUCAUUGCCCUGUGACACUCAGACUGUUAAAUAAAGUUUACCCUGAAUCAGGGGGCAUCAGCUAGUAACUAGCUGACUGGAACACCAUCGAGAAGCCAGCAAUUUGGAUAGAGAAGAUGCACAGGAAGGGAAGGGCUGAAUCCCCUUAUUUAUGGCUUUGAAAUCAGAGAACAUUCUCCACCUUCCAGUUUUCUUUUUAAUGACAAAUAUAGGAGAAUCCAAGGACUGGCCAAUUCAGUCUGUUGAGAACUUUAGCUGCUCCUGAACCAGCCAGUGCAGUGCCUGUCAUUUUUCUGAUGUCAAAGGCCACUGUUCCAUGCACAGGUUUGUCAUGUAACAAAGGUAGGGCUUUACACCCGAGAAAGGGAGGGAGGGAGAGGGCAACCUCUGGGCACGUGUGGGAGGAGUUUCUAGGCUGGGCUGAGGUGGAAAGACCCACCCACUCUAAGUGCAAUUGGCACCGUUCCAUGGGCUGGGGUCCUGGGUGAAGAAAGAGAAUGAGCUGAGCACCAGCUACCUCCAUGGCUCCUGACUGCAGAUGCGGCGUGAGCAGAAGCCUCACACGCCUCCACUCCCCCCCCCCAGCUCCCCCACGUCUUCCUUUAAUUUGCUUCUGUCAGAUAUUUCGUUGCAGAAAUGAGAAAAGUAGCUGAUGUAUUAAACACCGGCACAGACUGAGGUGCACACUGGAACACCCUACCGUGUCCUGCUCCCUGGUGUGACACUGACUUUGAAGACCUGAGCUCCACCAGCUCUCUACCGUCUUCCACGAGCUGCUAAGUGUUCCUGUCACUAGGUACCCUCCCCUGAUGUUUCUCUGGAGAAGGGUUUGAGGUGCAUCAUUCUGAAUUCAUUCUUUUUAAGAAUUGUUUCGGCUUCCUAUCCUUGUUGCUCAUGGGUAUAUUUGGAGACGACACAGCUGCAUUAUCCCAGCAUCCCUACGCUAGAAGUCUUCUACUGUGUGUCAGUCUGUCCAACCAGCCAGCAUCCAUUGAGAGAGCCAGAGCCAUGGGAAAGACCUGAGCAAGAGGAAGAACUAGGGAAUCCAUGUCCUUACAGACCAUGGCUUUUUGAGCCUUCACUUUACAAGCUGUGGGAUGAGCAGCCUGUCAAUGAAGCCAGCAGCCCUACAAUCAGAAUUGUGCUCUUCAUUGUACGGGACCCAUUCCUAAACUGUGGAAGGUCUAAUUUCCAGUAUCUGUAAGGUGACCUGUUUGUGCACAAUCAGGUAAAAAUGAAGGCAUUUGUGUGGCUAAUCAAAUAUAUCUGGUGUCUUUAUAAGAAGAAAAGUUUGGUGGCUGGCAAGAUUGCUCAGUGGGCAGAAGCACUUGCUGCGCAGAUGUCCCCACUUCUCAGGGUCUUAAAGGUAUACUUUAGUGCCUGUCAAAGUUCUGACCAGCAGUGGACACCUGUGCUUUGGAGGAAGGCUCAUCACAAACUGCAAAGGCAUGUUCCCACAAUGCACAUGAAUCUGUGGGUUGAGGUAUGUGUGUAGAAGUCCAAGGACACCCCAGGAAGAGGUGGGGGCUGCAAGCUGCAAUACUAGGCAAUUCCAGCCUGGAAAACCGUCCGUCUUCCAUUAACAGCUCCGGUGCUCUAUCUAGCAUCCAUGUGCCUGCGUUAGCACAUCUAAUUCCCACCACGACCUAGUGACCUAGGAGUUAAGUUGGACUCCUAACUAUAAACAACAAGAAAAGCAAUUCUAAAAAGCCCAAGCAGAAACGGAAUUGGAGAAGCUCCUCUCCACAUGGCUACCUUCCUCUUUUCUCCUUUUGGACCACUUCCUCACCAGUCACCAAGAGUGCUUCACUAACCUGUCCUCGACAGCCGACCUAAGCUGGAAGCUUCUAGUCACAAGAAAGGUCUCUGACCAACUUAGCAGGCUCAGGUGCCACCUCUGGAUUGCUGAACUGUGGCCAGGGGGGGAAGUCACAGUGCAACUCAAGUGGAAACUUGCACACCACGCUGAAUACUGACCACAGGAGGGAGGGUGAGUGUCCGGAACAGGACAGCAGGAAUUGUCCAGGCUUGUGUUACUCCCGUAUCCUAAAGCUGAGACUCAAAGAGGAUAAAGGAUUUAUUUACAGGGCAGCAGAGGGGAGGUUAUGAGUACUGACCCUGGAGAUGUAUGUAUUCCUGGCUGUCCUGAAAAAUCACUAUAUAGACUAGGUUGGCCUCAAACUCAUGGAGAUCCAGCUGCCUCUGCCUCCUGAGUGCUGGGAUUAAGGGUGUAUACCACCACCACCCAGCCCUUUUAGGCAUCUUGUUCAUAUAAUCUGUCAUUAAAUAAACUUGGAAAAAAUAGA